GUAAUCACGCUGAUAAUCAGACAUUAAUUUAUUUAAAAACAGGUGGAGGAUAUAAAUAAUGUGCAGUUCAUGAAAUUAUUAUCAGUUUUAAUAGUGCAACACACUACACAAGUGAAAAGUAAAAAGUUAAAUGAAAGGCACAGUACUCACGUUGCUCUGUGCAAUAACCAUUGCACAGGGGCGUAAGUUCUUCAUCGGGAGCAGGCAACUAUGUAUCUGCAACCCGAGUGAUUCGCACGAAAUUUGCGCUAAUUGGGACCUUGAAGAUAUUUUCAUAGCUCAUGAACGAUGUGAUAAGUUCUAUAAAUGCGCUUAUGGUAAGCCUGUCCCCCAUUGCUGUCCUCGCGGCACUGUCUUCAACAUUGACAAGGAGGAAUGCGACUGGCCCUCAAAUGUCGAAUGUGGUGACAGAGGCUUUGUGCCGGAUGAAGAGAAUGAAUGUCUUCAAAACAACGACAAUGGUGGUAGCGGCGGUGACAGCGACGACGAGGACGAGGGUGAUCUAGGCCCAUGCAACUGUGAUCCUAGCGAAGCGCCGAGCAUCUACAAAGCUCCAGGAUCCGAGGGAGUCUUCGUCGCUCAUGAGUACUGCAAUCACUUUUAUAAAUGUAAUCAUGGCAGACCAGUCGCAAUGAAAUGUGCUCCUAACACACUUUAUAAUCCGUAUAAGCGAGAUUGUGUCUGGGCGCAUGAGGUAGAAUGCGGUGACAGAAUAAUACCCGAAGAUGAAAGCGGCGACAGUAAUGAAAACAAUGGCGGUGAAAAUGACGUUGACGACCAGGGUCCAUUCAACUGUGACCCUGCGGAAGCACCCAAAAUAUGCUCAGUCGUUGGUUCCGAUGGAAUUCUGGUAGCGCACGAGAGGUGCGAUAAAUUUUAUAUUUGCAACCACGGUAGACCAUUCCCAAUGGACUGUCCGCCACAUACAUUAUACAAUCCGUAUAUAAAAAGAUGCGACGAACCGAGAAAUGUUGACUGCGGUGAUAGAAUAGAUCCCAACUGUAUAUGUGAAAGUGGUGCAGUUAGCGGUGAAUGCAACGGAAAUAAUGAAGACAGCGAUAACGGCUCUGGAGAAAGCGGUGGCUCUGGAGGAAGCGGCGGUGCUGGAGGAGGUGGCGGCUCUGGAGGCAGCGGUGGUUCUGGAGGAAGCAAUGGCUCUGAUGGAAGUAACGGUUCUGAUGGAAGCCACGGAUCAGAUGGAAGCGGUGGCGCUGGAGGAGGUGGUGGCUCUGGAGGAGGUGGUGGCGCUGGAGGAGGCGGCGGCGCUGGAGGAGGUGGCGGUUCUGGAGGAAGCGGUGGCUCUGGAGGAGGCGGUGGCUCUGGAGGCGGCGGAGGUUCUGGAGGAAGCAACGGCUCUGAUGGAAGUGACGGUUCUGAUGGAAGCAACGGUUCAGAUGGAAGCGGUGGCUCUGGAGGAAGCGGUGGCUCUGGAGGAAGCGGUGGAUCUGGAGGAAGCGGUGGCUCUGGAGGAGGCGGUGGCGCUGGAGGAGGCGGUGGCUCUGGAGGAAGCGGUGGCGCUGGAGGAGGCGGUGGCUCUGGAGGCGGCGGAGGUUCUGGAGGAAGCAACGGCUCUGAUGGAAGUGACGGUUCUGAUGGAAGCAAUGGUUCAGAUGGAAGCGGUGGCUCUGGAGGAAGCGGUGGCUCUGGAGGAAGCGGUGGCUCUGGAGGAAGCGGUGGCUCUGGAGGAAGCGGUGGCUCUGGAGGAGGCGGUGGCUCUGGAGGAAGCGGUGGCGCUGGAGGAGGCGGUGGCUCUGGAGGCGGCGGAGGUUCUGGAGGAAGCAACGGCUCUGAUGGAAGUGACGGUUCUGAUGGAAGCAAUGGUUCAGAUGGAAGCGGUGGCUCUGGAGGAAGCGGUGGCUCUGGAGGAAGCGGUGGCUCUGGAGGAAGCGGUGGCUCUGGAGGAAGCGGUGGCUCUGGAGGAAGCGGUGGUUCUGGGGGAGGGGGUGGUUGUCCCGACGAUCCUAGCUUAGCUCCUGAUAUAUGUGGUGCCCCUGACUCUAAUGGAUUACUAGUUGCGCACGAACGCUGCGAUAAAUUCUUCAUGUGUAGUGGUGGUAGACCAAUUGCUUAGUUACUUACCCCCCCUGAUAUGCCCUUGUUCAAUCCUAACAUUGGCGCAUGUGACGAGGCCUUAAAUGUGGAUUGCGGGAACAGGGUUAUCCCUGAUGAUAGUAUCAAUGAUGAUGACUGUAACUGCAGAUUCACAGGGGUUUCGUUGUGUGCAUCCCCAGGAACACACGGCAUGAAUGUUCCUCACGAAAAUUGUAACCAAUUCUAUACUUGCGUUCAUGGCAAUGCAGUAGAGAACACUUGUCCUCACAAUUUACUUUACGAUCCGAUAAAACAAGUUUGCGAAUGGCCUAUGUUUAUUGACUGUGAGGGAAGAAAUAGACCAACGUCGUUCAUGUCUCUCAACAAACAUUUGGAGGCGCGAUACCGUUUAUUCUGAAGUUACUGGUACCCUGCAAUUAGUUACUCGUUAUUAGAGUACCAUAGAUUUUCUACUUCGCAUUGUUCGGUAUGCAUGUUAGUACUAAGAU